AUGAAGCCCAUGGAGGCCUCUAACGCAGAGGCCAGGCGGCAGGUGAUGAUCCUUGGGGGUCGCAGGCGAAGGGAACGCAGAAGAGGCAGCCGAUGGGGAGGUGUAGCCAUCGCCGCUGUCGGCAGCUGCCUGUGGGUUCGCGCCGCACCCUCUGGAGGAUUCAGCGUUGUCACAGCUCGUAGUGGACAGAGGAGUUCAGGGAGGAGAUGGACUCCACUUGCUGGUGGUUCGGGGUUUCAAGGUCCAGCAGCUGCCAGCACGGUCCCAGAGAGAACAGGACUCUGGAGCCGGACCGGCUUGGUCGCCCUUGCCGUCUUCGGCCUCUUUGAAGGGGGCGACGUCGACGAGCGAAGGCAAUCCAGCAAGAAGGCCAAGGCGAAGAAGGCGAGAGGGCGGCGGACAGACCAUGAUGAUUUGAAGCAGUGGUUGUUGAAGGAAACGACGCAACACGAAGCUUCAUGGCGAAGGACAACGUCGGAGUGGUGGGAUGGCCUCAUCAAUGGACCGUCAUCCCAUGUGGAGCUCAUAAGGCAGAGGAAGCCGAAGGAGGAGCAGCUCCAGGAACCCAAGCCCGAGGAGGAUGCGACAUCAGGUCUCCUCAACGUCCUCGCGUCCGUCAAGACUUCGGUGGUUGCAGCGGUCCUUGGCACCGGAAGCCGUUCCGAGGAUGCGGAGUCUCCGGAGAAGGAGGAGGAGGAGGACUCCGAAGACUGGUGGCAGUCGGCGCAAGCGGCCUUGGGCAUGGCAGACGCGGAGAAAGCGGAAAAGGAGGCUCCAGAGCCGGAGCAGGAUGUGCAAGAAGCGAGGCCCAGGCAAGAGGAGGAAACAGUUGAGCCCAGAGAGGAGCCGGCAGAGGAAGAACCCACCCAGGAGGCGGGCUUGGAGCCGCUGCUGCUGCUGCUGCUGCUGCUGCUGCUGCUGCUGCUGCUGCUGCUGCUGCUGCUGCUGCUGCUGCUGCAGCUGUAG